AUGGCACGGCCAAGACGAGAGAAGCAACAAAUAAAGCAGACUGGCCAUGCACUGGCCCUUUCCCAGGAAAUAUUGGCAGGAUUAAGACGAAAUUCGCAUUUGCAAGUCAUUAUGGACGAUGACUCCAUGGAGAACAUCGAUGCGUAUUGGAACAUGGCGAACAAAGAGCUAGAAGAAAUGGAAAGAAAACAGUACGAAGAUAUUAGCUUAUUAGAGCCAAGUUGUUCUCCUUUGAAUAUUUCUACCCCUAAUGAAACAACUGUCAUGGCCAAAGUAGACCCAGAAGCAAGCAGUAUUAGCAGCUCACACAUAAUUCGAAGAAGUUUUGAUGACGAGUUCCAAGAUAGUCUCCAGAAUGUGGUGCUGACUGGAUUCUCUGAUUCUGAUGAAGAUCUGCCUAAUAGUGCCCGAGACACAAAGGAAUCACCGGAAGCCAUAAAGGCGCAGUCUUCUGAAAUUUCAACUCUGAAAACUGUCAGAACCACAAGGGGAAAGAGCAGAAGAACUGGCGCAUUUGCAGAAAGUGCAGAUCCCAUUGAAAUGUCCAGUAUAAGCAUGGAUAGUGAGAUAAACCCAGAAACCAGCCUAAGAAAGAGAAGGAAAAGCACAAAAACCAUGCAGACGGCCUUAGUCAGGAAAUUACUGUAUAAAGAAUGGGACAAAACAAGCACAAAUGUACUGGAAUUUUCAGUAGAUGGAAUGAAUCUGCAGACCACAUAUAUAGGCCCAUAUACUUGCAGGAAAAUACAGUCUAACUGUAUAUACUAUAUUGUGAAGGGAUGCGUUAUAGUGCGUGACCCAUCUGCACCUGCACAAAUUUCUGAAGAAUUCGUAUACAGAAAUAACCCCAUCACAGGAAGAAGACUGAAAGCAGGGUCUGUCUUCAAUUCUGCCAUAAACUCUGCAGUUUAUAAUCCAUGUGCACAAGGCUGCACAAUUAUGCAAUUUAAUGCACUCAAGGACAAAUAG